AUGAAGGAUAUCUGUGAGCAAUUCAAGAGAACCCAUCGAAAUUCAACAGCUUACCGGCCGCAAAUAAACGGAGCUGUAGAAGCAGCCAACAAGAAUAUCAAGAGGAUAUUGAGGAAAAUAACUGAUAAUCAUAAGGGUUGGCACAAACAGUUGCCUUACGUCUUUCUGGGAUACCGUACUACGGCCAGGACUUCAACAGGAGUUACUCCGUACCUGCUGGUCUACAGAACUGAAGCAGUCAUACCCGCUGAAGUGGAGAUACCUUCCCUGAGAAUCAUUCAUGAAAUGAAAUUGGACAAUGUCGAAUGGGUCCGAGCUCGUUAUAAGCAAUUGGCUUUGAUUGAUGAGAAAAGAAUGGUUGCUAUCUAUCACGGUCAAUUAUACCGGCAAAGGAUGGAAAGAGCUUUCAACAAACAAGUCAGAACCAAACUUUUUUAG